CCGCUCCGGGCCAGGCCUCGCGCGCACGCGCGUAGGGAACCCGCGGAGGGGGGCCCUCGUGGGGCCGCGCGCGCGUAGGGCGUCUGUGCGCGCGGGGAGGAAGAGGAGCGGCGGAGGAGGGGCCGGCCGCCGCGUCGCCCUCCGCCUCGCCGGGGCCCCGCGAGGGCGAAACGCUUUCUCCCGGCAUGCAGCGGGAAGAGGGAUUUAACACCAAGAUGGCGGACGGCCCGGAUGAGUAUGACACCGAGGCGGGCUGCGUGCCCAUUCUCCACGCCGAGGAAAUCAAACCCCAGAGUCAUUAUAACCAUGGAUAUGGUGAAGCCCUUGGACGGAAAGCUCACAUCGAUGAUUACAGCACAUGGGACAUUGUGAAGGCCACCCAGUAUGGAAUAUACGAACGCUGUCGAGAAUUGGUAGAAGCUGGUUAUGAUGUGCGGCAGCCAGACAAAGAAAAUGUCACACUGCUCCACUGGGCUGCCAUCAACAACAGAAUAGAUUUAGUCAAAUACUAUAUUUCGAAAGGUGCUAUUGUGGAUCAACUUGGAGGAGACUUAAAUUCAACUCCAUUGCACUGGGCCACAAGACAAGGCCAUCUAUCCAUGGUUGUGCAACUAAUGAAAUAUGGUGCCGAUCCUUCACUAAUUGAUGGAGAAGGCUGUAGCUGCAUUCAUCUGGCCGCUCAGUUUGGACAUACCUCCAUUGUUGCUUAUCUCAUAGCAAAAGGACAGGAUGUAGAUAUGAUGGAUCAGAAUGGAAUGACACCUCUGAUGUGGGCCGCUUACAGGACACAUAGUGUGGAUCCAACUAGAUUGCUUUUAACAUUCAAUGUUUCAGUUAACCUUGGUGACAAGUAUCACAAAAACACUGCUCUGCAUUGGGCAGUCCUAGCAGGGAAUACCACAGUCAUCAGUCUUCUUCUGGAAGCAGGAGCCAACGUUGAUGCCCAGAAUGUCAAGGCAACCCUUAGGUGGCACAUGGCCCCCACUAGUGGAAGGGUGCUCAGCGGGACCGAGGCACCUGCAGGAUAUUCUCUGGGAGUUGUUACUCAAGAGAUUGCUUUUAUUCAGGGUGAAUCAGCACUGGAUUUGGCAAAGCAGAGGAAGAACGUGUGGAUGAUGAACCACUUGCAGGAGGCGAGGCAAGCAAAGGGGUAUGACAGCCCGUCUUUCCUCAGGAAGCUGAAAGCUGACAAGGAAUUUCGGCAGAAAGUGAUGCUAGGAACUCCUUUCCUAGUUAUUUGGCUGGUCGGAUUUAUAGCAGAUCUAAAUAUUGAUUCUUGGCUCAUUAAAGGGCUAAUGUAUGGUGGUGUUUGGGCUACAGUACAGUUUCUUUCCAAAUCCUUUUUUGAUCAUUCAAUGCAUAGUGCGUUGCCCCUUGGAAUAUAUUUGGCAACCAAGUUCUGGAUGUAUGUGACAUGGUUCUUCUGGUUUUGGAAUGAUCUCAACUUCUUAUUUAUUCACCUUCCAUUCCUUGCUAAUAGUGUUGCACUUUUUUAUAAUUUUGGGAAAUCUUGGAAAUCAGACCCAGGAAUUAUUAAAGCCACAGAAGAACAAAAGAAAAAGACAAUAGUUGAACUUGCAGAGACGGGAAGUCUGGACCUCAGUAUCUUCUGCAGUACCUGUUUGAUACGGAAACCUGUGAGGUCCAAACAUUGUGGGGUGUGCAACCGCUGUAUAGCAAAGUUUGACCACCACUGCCCUUGGGUUGGUAACUGUGUAGGUGCUGGCAACCACAGGUACUUCAUGGGGUACCUGUUCUUCCUGCUGUUCAUGAUCUGCUGGAUGAUUUAUGGGUGUGUUUCUUACUGGGGCCUCCACUGCGAGACCACAUACAGCAAGGAUGGAUUCUGGACGUACGUCACUCAGAUUGCCACGUGCUCACCGUGGAUGUUCUGGAUGUUUCUGAACAGUGUUUUCCACUUCAUGUGGGUGGCGGUCCUCCUCAUGUGUCAGAUGUACCAGAUAUCAUGUCUGGGCAUCACUACAAAUGAAAGGAUGAAUGCCCGGAGGUACAAGCACUUCAAAGUCACGACAACGUCAAUCGAAAGCCCAUUCAACCAUGGAUGUGUCAGGAACAUUAUAGACUUCUUUGGAUUCCGGUGCUGUGGCCUCUUUCGUCCUGUUACCGUGGACUGGACCAGGCAGUAUACCCUAGAAUAUGACCAGAUAUCAGGAUCUGGGUACCAGCUCGUGUAGCAACCUCUCAAUUGUAUGAAGCCUAAUUGCUGAGUGGUGCCUGAGAAUCGUGUCUGCCAUGUCUCUCUCACACUCGAAUCCACAUCCUUUUGAGCAGUAGCAUGCCAUCUCUAGGGCUGACAGUGAAUUUUACGGUCUUUGUUCCUUCCCUACCCAACCCCCAACCCCCAACACUUUUAUUAGCAAAAGGAAACAUGGACAGAGCACACUGCCACUUCCGGGAAGACUGUAGGCCAGGAAGCACAUUUAAUGGUUCUUACGUGAGGUUUCACAACAUACUCAACUUUUUUUUUUUAAAUAACAUUUUUUUGUAAAAAAAAAAUAUAUAUAUAUAUAUAUAUAAAUAUAUAUAUAUAUGAUGUAUUCUGUUGACAGACAUAGCAUACUGAUCAGAAAUGUUCAAAUCUAGUAAACUGAAAAAAAGAGAGAUGGCAGUCUACUAGUAGUAUCACAUUGAAUCGAAUCCCGAGAGAGUCGUCUUACAUCGAUACCGACUAGGAUCGUGUACGUCUGGGAAUGUCCGUGUACCGUGAGGAAAAUCAUGUGGUUUUAUUGGGGGUCUACUGUGGUAUGUCUUCAAAGGCACAGGGAAGUAACGCCCACAAACACAGCACGCCGACGAUUUGAGUGCCUGCAGCUGUUGCAAGUGCUGAGCAAGUUCUCGUUCUGUGGAAUACUCUGUAGUCACCUGAUGCUCUGAGGGGCCAGGGUCUAGUGGUAAAGCACUUGCAUGAGUCCAGUAAGUCAUGUGCUGUUCAAAGUUUUUUUGUUUUUUUUUUAAAAAGAAAGCCCUACUAAGUGCUUGGUACAUACACCUCUUACAGUGUCUGCUAGCACACGCUGUCCAGAAAAGCGUAGAGUCUAGUCUACCACGCAGGCAGCUCGAAGUGUUUUCCGGGAGAGGCAGAGUGCGUGGAACGCAGAAGCCUCCGCACCAGAGCCGGGUGGAUGGAUACAUGUGGAGGAAUCUGAGCUACGAAACAGACUGCAGGCAAAAGAAUGGAGCGUGGCUAAAGGGGGGCCAUGAGCUCUGUCCAUCGCACAUGUGAACUGAAGACACGCCUGUUCUCUUUUCUGGACUCGUCAGCAAGAACUUAAUUUCCCCAGAUGUCAGUUUUUCCCCUGGUUGAAUGUCUUGAGCUUUCUCGAUGCUGUCUGAAAUCAUUUCAGGAAGGUUUUCUUCCUGUCAAAUGUGGUGCACUGAUCCAUGUUUGCGGCAGCGUUUCCGUUUCCAUACCGUGGUGAACUGCUAGCAGGCACUCCAUCCACAAAUACUGUUUACAGAGUGAGGCUAGGCUUAGUCCCUCGCAAGUGCUGCAGCCAGCUGUGGUUCCAGCAACCUGUGGGAACCCCUCGAGAGGGGAGGGGCUGGACUGGGGUGGGGUGGGGCGGGGUGGGGAAGGGUGUCAAGACUGGCUGGCGGCAGAUCCAUCCCAGACCAGUGUAAAGAUUUGUGUAUCUGUACAUAGGUAAUUAAUUUAUCGGUAGUUUUCUUUGUGUCUGUCCGUGUUAGUGUGUUGAAAGCUGCUCAUUCAUUUUACCCAGCCAACAGAGAAAGGGGGGAAACUAGUGAGCUUCUGGUGACGUUCACUCUCACUGUUUAUAGGCUUCAUACUCUGCAAGUUCACUGCAUGUCCGAUGCUUGAUCCAAUUAGCAUUCCCUGUAAAUACAAGUUGCGGGCUCUGUGCAGCCUAGUGGCAGAGCCGAACCCUUGCCUUAGGGAGAAGAACAGUGGAGAGGCACAUAGCUGAGGCUCAGUAGUCCCAACUCCCCACUUUUAUAACAGUAGUUUCCUUACACAUCCAAAAAAAAAAAAGCAGACUCGCCUUAGUGUAUGUGAAUGUUUGGCUAUUUGAAGAUCGGCGUACGUACUUCUUUUUUUUUUGAAAAGGGAAGAGAUGGCUGGAGGUGGCAAUAGCAUCACGCCAUUUCACCAUGGAACGGGGUUAAUUUUAUAAAUGUCUCUGUGAGUUUUGACUACUAAUUGGGGGAGACUUUAGACAAUUUUUAAACUUAAGAGUUAUUUAUAAAAAAGGCUAGACUUUGUUUUAGUUUCUUUUUGUAUUUUGAGCCACCCUUCACAUAAAGACUCAGUUGCAGUUUUUAUUGUAUUAACAGUUGAGUACAGUGGUGGGUUUCUCAAGAGUUUGAAUGAGAAUGUUGUUACCAGGUCCUUUCUCUGGGGUACAAUAUUCUUUUCAGAGAAAAAAAGAGACGUUUUUCAGUCAAGUAGGAGCAAAGUAACCUCUAGCUGUGUAAUCCCGUGGGAGACACGAGCAGUGUGAAUGCUUGAGUUCACCCGUCCCAUAGCACCAGUAGAACCUGCGACGCAGAAAUGGCCCAGAAGCAGCUUUGCAGUAGUGUGCUGUCUCCGUUGUGACCCUGUAGGUCUUUGUGGGAACCAUCUUAACUCAGCUCUCAAGUCGUGUGUGAAAGCUGCCCUUUGGGGAGUGGUUCAUAUUGGGCUAAUCAGCUUCUUCUAGCAAAUAGGAACUUAACAGCUCUGAACAUGAGUCACUUUUUGGAGUUUUCCUUCUUCGUAUUUGGGUUGUUGUCAGGAAUUUAUUUGAAAUACUAAUAGGUGUAAAACAAUGCCGUUAUUCAUUCCUGAGCUAUGGAUAUUUUUAUUUUAUAUCUUCUUUAUUAUUUAUAACUGUGCCAAGUAUCAUUUUGCUACUUACUGUGUUACUCUGGAAAGAAAAAAAAACCUGUAAAGUGUUUAAUAAAUUAGCUCUCCUUACAUAAAUUAAAUCUGUCAAAAUUUUUAAAAAUAUUAAUCAGAAUAAAUAUUGACUCUUA